AUGUCUACAGUUAACGUUUUGAGAUACUCAGCUCUGGCUCUGGGAGCUAUCAUUGGAUUGAAGACCGAUUUGAGUCUGAAGUCCGAGGCGGCCAAGAGCUCCCAGCAGAAAGAGUACGCGGAGAAGUUGAAACUGAUCGAGCAAGCCAAGGCCGAGUACGCUAGGCUGCAUGCUCCAAAGCAGGUUGAGAAGCAGGCCGACACCAAGCUGGACCUGGAGGACCCUAACCUCGACUACGGUAAGGUUAUUUUGAGCGCUGUGGAAUCGCUGAAGCAGUGA